AUGGCAGAUAAGUUCGCCACCGCGCACGCAGGAGCGAAAAAGGCAGAGGCUAGGGUUAAUGAUAUCUUCGCCGUCAGGCAAAUGACGGGCGAGAGACUUCGAGAUUUCCUAGCCCGAUUCAAUAGGGUAAGGAUGAGCCUACCAAACGUGUCACAAGGGAUGGCAAAAGUAGCCUUUCAAAAUGGGCUAAACAGAAACGGGUCAACGGCAACCAAAAAGCUAAUCAAAAUAGUGUACGCAUUGGAAAAGCUCGGCACGAAGGUGCAGUGGACGCAAAAGAUAAAGUCGGAUCAGAGCAUAAGGAGGUCAAACAUCCUGUGUGAAUUCCUCCAAGAAAGAGGAUACAAGAUCGAAGAUUGCAUAGGUCUGCAACAAGAAGUAGUAAGAAUGUUAAACCAGGGAUACCUGAAAGAACUUCUGAGCAACAGAGGACGGGCCAAUUUCGCUCGAGGGCGCGAUCAACCUCAAGGACCUCCAAAACCACCAUCACCAGCUCGUACUAUACAAAUGAUCAUUGGCGGCGGCGAUGACACGGUAAUCAACCAUGUGAAAUUCACCACCACACAUAAAUUCAAAUGGACAGUUGCCCAUGAACGGUAUGACGACCUUGAAGACAGUAUCAUCUUCAAUAAGUCGGAUACCGAUGGUUUGUCUUUCCCUCACUAUGAUGCUUUGGUUAUAUCUUUACGCAUCACAGAUAUCGAUGUAAAAAGAAUAAUGGUGGAUGACGGAAGCGGCGCGUGUAUUGUUCACCCACGAGUUCUCAUGCAGAUGAGGCUCGAGGAUAAAAUAAUACCACGUUGCAUAACACUAACGGGCUUUAAUAAUGUAGUGGAGCGAACAUCUGGAGAAAUAGUGCUAUUUGUCCUGGCUAGCAAGGUCACCUUGGAAACGACAUUCCACUUCAUGAAUUAG